AUGGUUCUUAACAAACCCAUAUAUCAAGAACAGACCAUAACAUCUCACUUAAGGCCCAUCAUUCAACACAAGCCGACCCCACACUACCUCCUUAAUGUAUACUCUGUUCAUAACUAUGACUACAUCAAUCUCAUUAUGCCCGAUACCCUUUGCAAGACACCACUGAGAGUGACCAAUGUGGCUGAAGUUCAAGCAUUGGCAGUGUGGCAAAUGUGGGAGAAGCAAGCAGCCAAAAAAUCCGGAAAUAUACCUCAACAAGGAGAGGGUGAACACAUUGAAGAUGCCACAGCACCACGUGCAGUCUUUGAUUGUGCUCUCACCACCAUGAAGACUGGUGCCAAACCGAAAGCAAAGGCCAGCAGUUCCAGCAUGCAAGGAAGAAAGAAGACUGUACCGUCACACACCAGUCAAGCUGUUGUGGGGCCCUCUAGACCAGCAUCACCUCCACAGCAAAACACAGCAGAUACUGCUGCUCCAGAUCAAUGA